GAAACGCUCCGCUCUGCCGUUUCGGACUUUCCCUCCGUCACAUAUAUAACAACUGAUUUCCUCUUCGCUUUCAGCACCUUUGGCUGAUCCCUGUGUCUGUUGUGCACCUAGUUUAGGUUUUACCUCCAACUAGAUAUGCUUCUACUAAAGAGGCUGUAUGUCUUUCUUUUAUGCCAUGUGGCUGCGACCUUCGCCUCUGCUGACAAGAUGACAGCAGCCACAGUGUACUGGGACCCCCAGCACAAGACUGUCCUGCUGAAGGAGGGGGUACUGGAGACAGAGGGGGAUGCAUAUGGAUACCUGAAUGAUACCCUGUCAAGUACAGGCUGGAGCGUCUUAGAGAUCCGUGCCGGGUACGGAAAGACCCCCGAGACUGAUGAAGUCACCUUCUUCCUGGCGGGCUACCUCGAAGGCUUCCUCUCUGCCCAGCAGAUGAUGAAUCACUACGCCAACAUGUAUCCCCAGCUCAUCCACGACCCCAAGAUCCUCGGCCCAGUUCAAACUUUCAUGAAGAAGCAAGACUCAUGGACCAGAGAACAAGUGAAACUGAACAAAAGCUCUGACCCUUUAUGGAAACACACAGGCUUCAUUGUCGCCCAGAUGGAUGGAUUGCAAGCAGGAGUUGCAGACUGGGCCAAGAAGCAAGGCAAAAAGCCGCUGUCCCUGUUUGACAUCCAGUUCCUGAAUGCAGUGGGAGACCUGCUGGAUCUUAUUCCAGCCUUGGUCCCAGACUCCAACCCUCCACUCAGAGACUUUAAACUUCCAGGGAUGGGACACUGCUCUGCUCUCAUCAAGAUGCUGCCCGGUUUUGAGAACCUCCUGUUUGCCCACUCCAGCUGGUACACAUACGCUGCCACAAUGCGUAUCUACAAACACUGGGAUUUUCGCAUCACUGACCCCCACACAGCCACUGGGAAAAUGUCCUUCAGCAGCUACCCUGGUUUCCUAGUGUCUCUGGAUGACUUCUACUUGUUGGGCAGUGGUCUGAUGAUGACUCAGACCACCAACAAUGUCUUCAACUCCUCCCUUUUUGAAGCAAUCACCCCCAACAGCUUGCUGGCGUGGCAGAGGGUCAGGCUUGCUCACAGUUUGGCACGUACAGGAGAAGAGUGGGCCCAAACCUUCUCUAUGUACAACUCUGGUACCUACAACAACCAGUACAUGGUGUUGGACCGGAGCAAAGUAAAGCUGGGCCACAGUGUCGAUGACGGCGCUCUGACUGUGGUGGAGCAGAUCCCCGGCCUGGUGGAGUACUCUGACCAGACACAGGCACUGCGCAGAGGUUACUGGCCGUCCUACAACAUUCCCUUCCACCAGAAGAUCUACAUGCUGAGUGGGUACGGACAAAUGUGGGAGGAGUAUGGAGAAGACUUCUCCUAUGAUCUGUGUCCGAGAGCCAAGAUCUUCCGCCGUGACCAGGCUGAAGUUAAGGACCUGGACUCUUUGAAGCACAUCAUGAGGUUCAAUGACUACAAGAAGGAUCCUUACUCUAUGGGUGACCCCUGCAAGUCCAUCUGCUGCCGUAACGACCUGAGGGCAGAGAAGCCUUCACCAGGAGGUUGCUAUGACACUAAGGUAACAGAUUUCGACAUGGCUGGGGACUUCGGUGCAGAGGCAGUGAACGGGCCAACAACACAGGAUGGACUCCCGCCGUUCGUUUGGGAUAAAUUCAGCAGCAUCAGCCAUCAGGGUCUGCCGCAAUACUACAACUUCACCUUCGUCAGGAUGAUGCCUCGUCUCUUCGAGCCAUGAGGGAUAUGUGUUUGUGUGUGUGUGAGUGUGUUUGUGUGUGUGUGACAGGGAGAGAUGCUUUCUGUCUGAAGCUUUCAUAGUAAUGAAUGUCAAGGGUCAAAUGUACAAUCUGAUGUUUCUGUUGUGGUUUACACAUCCAUUUGCACAAUGAUGAUUUUUAUUUUAACUAUUGCUGAAAAUUCAGAAUUGUGUCCCACCAACAUGUGCUUUAUUCUCAAACUGUCCAUCUACCAAUCAGAUUUAAAAUCAAUAUUUUGUUACAAAUGUGUCUCAGGGUUAAAUGAAUUAGUAGAAAUUUUAUAUGAAUUAAUUAUAUGAAUAAUUUUAUACCUGCAGUCACUUGUGCCUUGAACAUGGGGAGUAAUUUCAUAAUUUUGUAAAAUGCAAAAUUACGCCGUCCUUUCAGAUUGAUUUUUCUUUUUUUUCUUUUUAUUUUCAUACAUGCAAACACUAUCUUUUAAUGGUAAAUGAAACAAUCAGUGCAAUGUUAUACUCAGGGCUGUUGAUCCUCUCUAAUGCUGUGAUUUAUGUGCAUCUGUUUCUUGCGCUGGCUCAGUGAAAGUGUAUCAGGUUUAUUUUUUUGCGUAAGCCUGUGUUUCAUUGUGUGAUGCUGCACAUCUUUAUCAUGCGUUCAUUUUUUAUUAAAGUUUUACAGUUGUA